CUCUUUUCUGGAAUUUCGGUGUUUAUCAUCCCCGCGCUUGCCUCACCUCGCGGGCAAACCCUCACUCUGUCUCCCCCGAACGGACAUUCGAUUCGUUGGUCAUGCUCACGAUGCCGCUCGUCGUCGACAAUGGCGAACAACGCAUCUUGAACGACGACGAAGACCGUAUCACAAUCCCCCCUUCCGUUCCAGGGGCCACUCAUUCAUAUUCUACCAAUGGUCUUGCCCCCGGAACAGUUGGCAACGGUCAUGAUCUUCCACAUUCCAAUGGCUCAAACGACUUCAGUGGUUAUACAGUCAUGGUCGCUGGUCAGCGUACCGGCAAGACUUCAUUUUUGCGUCUUCUAUUAGACACCAGUGAAAUCUCCUCUACAGCCACCAAGGACCAGCUCGCCUCCGUCGCAAAGUUCGUCCAGGGCUGCAGCGGGCAUACGUCUCACAUACGCACCGCAUCCAUCAAUAUCGACCAUGAUAUUGACCAAAAUAGCACUCCUCAGGUCCUUACUCUCACGCUCGUGGAUACGCCUUCUUUAACUUUCGAGGAUGAAGCCUCCACCGACCGGGCUAUCCAUGAGAUACUUAGGCAUGUCGAGUCCAGAUUCGCCGAGGGCAUCGAGGAUGACUGGAGAUCCCCAGCAGGUGACAACAACAUCCAUUUGUGUAUAUACUUCUUGGAUCCCGACGUGAUUGUUCCACCUUCUGUGCCAGGACCUCCUGCCCCUUUGGUUUCUCGUCCUCGGGGUAGUAGCUUCUCUGUCACGGAGCCGGAGCCCGUCAUCCUAGAGCCCCCUGUCACCAAUAAUCCGCUUCUAUGCCGCCCAUCCCUUCCUAUGAGCGAAAUCAAUACCAUCAGGCGGCUUUCUGCUAGAGUCAAUGUACUGCCUGUCAUAGCACGAGCAGACAUGCUUACCAACGACCGCCUUGCGGCCGUCAAAAUGGCUGUUCGCCGAGAUCUCGCAGAAGCCGGCAUUGGCUUUGGGAUCUUCGAUAUGGACUCCCAUGCGCAGUACCAGCACCGUAAAGACGCGGCUGAGUCUGCGCACCCUGUCAAGAGUGAAAUGGUGAACGGUUACAGUGUUCAUCCGAACAAGACCUCUCCGCAUGGUCAUCCUUCUCCUCCGAAUUCCCCAGCAGUAUCGUCUCUCAAACUUCCAUACGCUCUUAUCUCACCCGAAAUUUACUCGCAUAGCGAUGGCGUAGCGAGAGUGCCCCUAUCACGCCACGAGCUCGUACAGCAAUAUGCUCCUUUGGUUCUUCGUCACUCCGCUUCUAAACUGACGCGCGGUAAAUUCAUCAGAAGCUAUCGGUGGGGAUCUAUGGAUGUUCUAGAUCCGGUUCAUAGUGACUUCAUGUCUCUCCGCACUGCUAUAUUUCACCACAUGGAGACUCUGCAGAAAUAUACUCGAGAAUAUCUUUUUGAAAAGUUUAGAAACGAGUACUUACUUCAGCACCAUCCUGCUAACCACUCGCUUCACCCCCAUCCACUACAACAAACGGUCCCGCGCACUUCUGUACCUCUUACGCAUGCUCCUCGCCCUGUUUUGACUAUCGAGACGCAGUCCGGUCAUGGGUCUGUCCGACAUCCCCCUCUUGCCAUGCCGCGUGACAUUCCUGCUGGGGCGGAUUUGCGUGGGCCGCCACUUUCCCGUCAGAUGGCAGAUGGUGCUUCUUCAUCUCAGCUUCAGGGAAAGACAGCCUCUGGGAGAUCCUCCAAGCAGAGGACUAAGAAGAUCACAGUGGCAUGCAACUUCUGUCGAUCCCGAAAACUCAAAUGCGAUGGGGGACGCCCUGCUUGUAGCCAAUGUGUCAAGCGGUCCAACCUUUGCGAUUACAUGCCACAAACUAGCAAACGACGCAACCCCCACCGUCCACCUAAGGAGGAUAGUGAGUCUGAGAUGAGUGGCGAAGACCGAUCCGCCGAAGAUAACGAAGCCUCGGUCUCGCCCGAGAUUGCCUCACAACCACUGUCUCGCAGGAGUUCCAACGUGGUCGAUAAGCGGCCGAUGCUAGAUCCCUUUUCUGUCAUCGCUGGCCCAUCAGAGCCCCGCGAAGUUCUUCCCAAUAUGCCCUCUAGGCCGAAGUCCGGCGUAACAGGAGGUUCGGCAGCCUCCGACGGACGUUCGCUAUUCAAGGAUAACGAAUUGCCCCAUAUCGCAACUCUGUCGCUACCUGAGACCUCCCCCGCUGCUGCAAUGACUGCUCCUCCACUCCCGCCUAUCAGACCAGCCUCAGAGCAACAAGCUGCUCAGCGAAAACGUGCAUCCACUGUUCCUGGGAGGAGCAACCGUCCAGCUGCCAGCACCGGUCCGAAAGUGGUGGCAUGCAACUUCUGCAGAGCGCGGAAGACAAAGUGCGAUGGAGCGCACCCAGCCUGUUCCAGUUGUGCGCGGAGGUCCCUCCCGUGCAACUACAAUCACGAUUCCAGCGCCAGCGGCGCAAAUAAAAAGGGGGCUCGACGCGCCUCGACCUCCAAGGCUACUGCCCCUCAACUAUCUCAGCAUCCUCCUUCCGUACAGUCACCUCCCGCCAACUCUCCCCCUUCAUCAACCGUUGUCGGCGACUCUCGUUAUUCUACUGGGAAGUCCUCUGAGGAAAACCCAGGAGAGCCUAUGGAUGUCGAUCUGAAGAGAAAGAUGGACGACAUGGAGCCUUCGCAUAUUCAAAAGAGAAUGAGGGUGGACGAAACCCCCGUGAACGUUAUACCAUGAGCAUCAUUGAUCACCCUUAUCAUCACCCCUCCUCCCAGACUCACUCUGUAGAAUCACCUUGCCUAUGCACUGUCCCUUGGAAAGCUUGGAAACUGUCGUUGAACGUUGUGUUUUUUGGGUUAUCUCCAAGUGUGCUUGUUAUUUUUUGUGCAUGGACCACGAUUGUACUGUAUUUUUUUCUCCUUUGCUCUUCUCGGGUGCCAAUGUUUUCUUUCGAUAUAGCUAUCAUCGACCAUUGUAUGUAUGUUGAGAAAUCCAAAAUGAAGCUCAAGUCUGUUCGUGUACAUGUCGUUGUGUCAUUGGUGGGAAUUCUAUGCCGGGCGGGUUGCUAUGGUCCUGUCAUUAAGAUUCUAUUCUUGUCGAAAUAAGUAUGGG